CCUCCCCAGUCCCCUCCCCUCGCCUCUCGUCUCGUCUCUCCUCCUGCCUCCUCGCCUUCCCCAUUCCACCCAGCCGAUUCAUCCGCGCCCCCAAAACCCCCACCCCGAAUCCCCGUCGCCUCGCCUCCCGAUGUCGCCGGCAGCUGGUGGCGCCGCGCCCGCGCAAUCGGUGGCUGCGGCGGCGGCGGCCGUCGCUCCGCCGGCGAUCGCGGCGCCGCCGGAGCCCGGCCGCGCGGCGCCCCGCCGGGAUCCGCCGGGACAGCCGGAGGGGGCCGAUCCCGCCAAUGCGGCGGGGAGGAAGACGGCGUGGAACGUGCCGGCGCCGCCCCCCGCUGCGGCCGCGGCGGCGGCUGGGGUGAACCCCGGCGGCGGCGGCGGUAUCAUCGGCGGGGACGCCUCUUGGCCGGCGCUCGCGGAGUCGGCGCGCGCGUGGCCCAAGUCGGCCUCCUCCGACUCCCUCAAGUCCCUCUCCGAUGGCUCCGUCCCAUCCCAGCAGGAGGAUUCCACCGCUUCGUCGGUGACCCCUGCUCAUCCAGUUGUGGAGGUUAAUCCGAUCCCCACUGGCUCAAACCCUACCUCCAUGCCUCCUCCCAAUGCAACUGCUGCGGCUUCUUCACAGCGGAACGGUUCCGCAACCCAGCCAAAUCCAGUUCGGCGCAGUGGCAGCAAUAGUGGAAAUAAUGGAGGUGGCAGCCGUGGAAAUGGUAGCAAUGGCGGCCGCAGGGCUGCCAAUAGUAGUGGAGGUGAUGGGAGCAGUGGCAGUGGCGGUGAUGGCCACUGGAAUGAUGGAAGCCUAGUUACAGGCAGCGGUUGCAACAGCAGCAAUGGCAAUGGUUCCAGUAACUUGAGUGAUAAUGUCCCUGGUGGUGGUUCCAGUGGGAAUGUCAAUGAAGGCAGCAGAAGUGCUCCUGGCAAUAACCAGUGGAACCACAACAUAAGAGGUGUUGGUGUUAGCAGCAGUAAUGGUACUGGUAGUGGUGAUGGAAACAAUACGAAUAGUGGUGGCAGCAGCAACCACUGGAACAAUAAUCCUCGAAAUAGUAGUGGCAGUAACAAUGGUGUUGGAGGUCGUGGUGGCUACCGGGGUCGCCGUGACCAUGAGAGAGGAGGUAAUUUCUCCCCUAGGAACUUUCCCAGAAUUCCAGUAAUGCCAUAUCAGCAGCAGCAGCAGCAGCCACCUGGUGCCUACCAGCCUGGGCCCUUUCACCGACCGCCGCCACCACACGCUGCCCAUUUCAUGGUGCCACAGCAUUUUUAUGUUCCUCCAUUUCCCUACUCUGCUGAUGUGCAACAUUACCCUGUCUAUCUCCCACCAGUAGAACAGUUUCAGAACAUGCAUCUUGUCCGGCCGGCCAUGCAGCCUGCAUGGGUUCCUCCUCCUCAGGAUCAGCCAAAUUUCCAAGAUGAUAUUAGGAAUCAGAUAGAGUUCUACUUUAGCACAAAUAAUCUAUGCCAUGACACAUUCUUGAGGAGACAUAUGAAUGAUCAAGGAUGGGUACCUAUUGACCUAAUCUUGGGGUUCAAUCGGAUGAGGGCAUUUACAGGCUUGGUAGACACCAACUAUAUACUAGAUGCUAUUCGUGGUUCUGAUAUAUUGGAAGUGCAGGGAAAUAAUGUCCGAAGGCGCAAUGAUUGGUUCGAGUGGUUACUUCAUUAAGGCUGUCCACUAGCGAAUCAGAUUCAGAUGCUGAAAAGCAACUGCAUGCUAUCUUCGCGGAACUGAAUAGGAAGUCUUGGUCGAGAUCACGGGCACUGGUUCCGCGAUAGAUUGAUGUACAGCGGACGGGUCAACUGAAAGCCAAAAGAUUUUGUUUGUUUAGGUCAGACGUGAUGGCAGGCACAUUUGAAAGGCCAUUAUUGAGGGGAAGACACCAAUAACAGGAAAUAAAUUCCACAAAGUAUAAAUCAUUUUUUGGUCUGUAUAGUUUUGUCGAAAAAGAAAUUACCCCGCCUUCUCAUCAUGGAUGAUAGGUCCUGUUGAACGAUUUUGGUGUUACCUGGGGUUUAUUCGAGGAAUCGCCCCUCAUUUUUUGGUUGCGUGCACCUGGUUUUGCUGUUCUUGGGGGAACGAUUCAGGCUGUUACCAUUGCUAUUAUGUAUGCUAUGAGAAUAAUUUUCUACUACGUUAUUGUUUCA